ACAAUACAACUCCCCAUCCCCAACCACCUGCCCAAAAGUUCUGUGGCUGAUAUGGGUGCCACUAUUGGGGAGCAGGUUGGCCAUGAGCUUUCUCAAGGAGCCAUACCUAAUCUCACACAUCAUUGACUUGGCUAAAGGGAUGGGGUCCCAGUUUCCAUGUUGGAGUUUGAGACACUACCUCUCCUCCCCACAUCUUUCCUGCCUACCCCCCAGGUGUCCUUGUGUUCAUAACUUUGAUGUACCCUCUUUGGGGAGCAACUUGGAAUUAUCCAUCUUUGACAAAGGACUCUGCCUCUCCAGAACAGCUUUGGUGGAACCGGUGCAGAACUGGGACAACAUGCACAACAAAGUCCAGGCCAAGGAUCAAGAAAUCCCGAAGCUGCUGCAGGAGAUGCAAGAACUUACCUAGGGAGCUGGAGAAGCUGGGGCUUGGUGACAGCGUGGACCUGCAUGUAUACGAGAUUCCAGUGGAGUACAAGACUGUCCAGAGGCUCAUCCCCGCCCUGUGGGAGAAGCACAGCCCACAGCUUUACAUACUUUCUGCAAGAGUGACUAUAGGAUGUAUUCCAGCAGCAGGAGGUCAGAAAAACAGCAAAACUGCAGCCCUGCCUGUCUGUCUGCAGCUGGUGGUACAUGUGGGGGUGUCCGGUAUGGCAACCACAGUCACACUGGAGAAGUGUGGGCACAACAAGGGCUACAAGGGGCUGGACAACUGCCGCUUCUGCCCUGGCUCACAGUGCUGUGUGGAGGAUGGGCCUGAGAGCAUCGACUCCAUCAUUGACAUGGAUGCUGUUUGCAAGAGGGUCACUACGCUGGGCUUGGAUGUGUCGGUGACCAUCUCACAAGAUGCUGGCAGGUACCUGUGUGACUUCACCUACUACACUUCCCUGUACCAGAGUCACGGCCGCUCAGCCUUUGUCCAUGUGCCACCGCUGGGCAAGCCCUACAACGCAGACCAGCUGGGCCGGGCACUGCAGGCCAUCAUCGAGGAGAUGCUGGAUUUGCUGGAGCAGUCAGAAGGCAAAAUCAACUGUCAUCACAAACACUGAAGGCCUGUCAGGCCUGCCAAGACACUGUCCGCCCAGGGACCCCAGAAGGGAUAUCCACCUGCCCUCUGGGACCUGGCCGGGAAGCUAAGACCGUCGACAGAGGAGCUGAUAUGGAUCAGAUAUUCUUUGUUCUCUCUUUUUCUCUGAAAAAGCACUGGUCAGCGUGAAGGAGGCCACCGAAGAGGUUUUUCCUCAAUUUCCCUUUGUAUCUGGGGACACAGCCGUGACAGCAUCAGCCACAGGGCCCUGUUUCUGCAGAGAACCCUCGUCAGGUGGCUCUCUGCUGGGCCACCCCACGGCUGGGCCGCUUGCUCAUGCGCUUUUCUAGAUCUUAGCUGAGGGGUCCCGGAGUUCCCCCAGUUCCUGACUGGUUUUACCCAAGCCGAAAAGCCUCACAGAGUCCUUGCCCUGAUCUGUCUCCUAACCAGCCUGAGAGCCCCAGAAAGGAAUGCCUUGGGAUAUGGCGCGGGUUGUUUUUUCUUGUUCUCUUUUUUAAAAACUUUGCCCAAAUUACUCUGUUUGGGCACAGAGUAAUUUAUAUUCCCUUUGGUUAAAAUGUGGGCUUUAGCCAGCCGCAAAAGUGUCUUUUCCUUUUCCUGGGGUGUGGCCCCUUUUGCCCUCUGCCCUGAGAGCUGGGCCUGUAUCUUUGGAACUGAAGGAAUAUCCCCUUGCUCAGAGGGAGGCAGAGUCCACGACCAGGCUAGAGGUGGGGGCAGGACAACUGCAGGGGCAGGGUGUCACGUGCAGCCCCAGAGCACUUGGCUGGCUACCCCUUUCAACAACCUAGCAGAGCUGGGAGUUAAACCCACUGGGGCCUCCAAAGGAGGUAGAGGGGGAGGGUCACUUUGACAUGCACAAGACUGUUUUCUUAAUAUGUAAAAAUCUGUAGCAGCUGCAAACCUACCCAACAUCUGGCCCGGAUUUCCUCAGUCUCUGCCAGGGUCCCAAUUCUUACUCUCCUUAAGGGGAGCCCCACACAGGACUUGGGAGCCAAAGUUUGCUGAGCUCUGUGUGUGCCAGCGUGUUUGAGCAGCAGGGCAGCUGGUCAGCCAGUGGGCUUUUGUGUGGAUGGUUUUUGGACACUUGCCCAGGACUCAGGAAUAAAUUGCUGUCUCACUCCGUGGCGACUUUGAACUUACAGCACAGGACAGGAUGAUAUCCCCCGGAAGGACUGACUUCAACUGGACCUUGACACUCAUAGAGAGGGAGUGUGGCCCAGUAACCACAAAGCCAAGUGAAAAAAAACCAUUUUGGAAGUAUUUUUCUAUUUUUUUGGAGAACACAUGGUUUUAUCGUUCCCCUACGUGUGAAAUGUGCUAGAGUCUGGCGCCGUGUGGGUUCACAUUGGUGCUUCCUGGGGCUUAGUUCUUUUCAAAACAGAUUUAUGUUUUGUUUUCUUAAGCAUUUACCGUCUUUCCCUUCUGUGCUGAUGACCAAGGUGGUUCCCACCUCUGCUGAGCUGUGUCAUUUGGGAACUGGCUUGAAGGUUUCUGUUCAGUGCAUUUUCUGGCUUUCCCUGGAGAGGGAAAGUGAGGAGUGAAAUGGCCAGUGGGUUGGAGUUGUCUGGACUCUGCUUUCAGCUUCUUGCUAGCACCCCUCCUACCAGAAAUGCCCCCUUCGAGUCCUUCAUGCAAGCUUGCCUUCUGAGGACCUGGGGUGUGGAUGUCACUCCACCCUCCCAGCGUCUGUAAGCAGAAGUGGUGAUUCUUUUGACAGUGAAGAGCUAAAGCCUGAGGCCCCCCUCAGGUCUUACACAGAACAGCAUGAAGCUCUCCCUAGCCCUGCUCCCCAAGCUCUGAUCCCCAGUGCUUGCAGGAGGAAACAGGUCUGAGCAAGAUGGAGAGGGGGGAGCACUGAGCACUUACCAGAAUCCAGAUGCAUUCCCCAAAGUCCACGUUUUCAUCUUCCCUUGUCUUCCUUUUGCCUCUCUGUUUAAAGCAACAUGGUUUUUUUUUUUUUGGUUCGUUUUUGUUUUUUAGCAACUUAGAGAUAUAACUUAUUGUCCAAUCAUCAUUAAAUGUAUGUGUCAUUUUUGUGUUCCUGCUACAGUUUCUGAUUUCCUCAUCCAUCAAGUCAGAGUCCAGUCCUCAUCCUGGAUGAAGAGCAUUUAGCUCAUUUUGAUUUCAUCAGGCAAUCAUUAAACAUUUCACUCACUCCUUGCCAGCUUUUCCUUUUCCCUGUUUUACUUUAUUUUAUUAUAUUUACUUAUUUAUUUUUUUUUUUUUUUGCUUUUUCUUUUGGUUGAGCUCAUCCACUCAAUGGUGUGUCUGUCUGCAUGUAUUGGGGCUCAGCCUAAGAUGUCCUGAGUGAGAAGGGAAGGCUGAGUUCCAUUCCCCUUCCCCAGUCAUUUUCAGUGUCAGACUAAGGGACACCACAGGCCCGAGCCGCUGUUCUUGUGCGUGGGUGGGGCUGGGCAGGUGUGGACAGCUGUGCUGAGGAGGUGGAGACAGCAAGUGUUCAGUGGAAGGACGACAUCCUUCAGAUGUUGUGGGAGGUUGGUGGGGGGAAGGUGAGAAGCAAUGAGGGGUGUGGGGUAGGUUUUGAUAGGAAAAUUGAGAGGGUCUCUCCUUUUGGUGAACCCCCGAGGGGAGCUGAGGAGGGGAUGGGAAGGGGACAGAGACAGUGAUCUGGUGAUGGCAUCACUAACGUGCCAGACUCUGAGCCUUACACAGCUACUCUUAUCUCAGUCCCCUGGCCUCCCCUCCCCACUUAAAAGAAGGUCAGUGGUUUGUGCUUGAGUAUGUAGCUUGCAAGAUAAAUAAGAUGGAGUGGAUAGAAAGAAAGGUGGGACUCGAGGUAGCGGACUGGGUUUGGUGCUGUCUCGCCUACUUGGUGCUAUCAGUAGUGGAAACAGCCGAGGACCCCUGGCUGCUGGCAUAGACGGGGUGGGGGUAGAAAUCAUGGCUUCCCAGUUGGCAUCAGGUCUGGAUUUUGGGAAAUGGAGUUGGCUUUCUGCCUGUCAGCUAUGUCUCUGGGCUCUCCCAACAUCUGAGGUGUCUGUCUUAUUCUAAAUCUCUUUCUAGGAAGGACCCCUUCUUGCUGAAGAUGAUGGUAGAUUCUGUCCCCCAUUGGAGAAAUGUCCAAUUGCAAUAGUUUUAGCUCAAAGAGAAUCCUUGCCUGCUCCCCCUUUGCUACCAUGGAAACUUCUGGAAUAGAAAGGGCCUGCUCAGAGGAAUGGCUGGAAAAGUAGAUUUGAGAUGCCUUUUUAUUAUCUUAGAAGUUUCUGCCAGGAAGCCAGCCAGCUGGCAUGUGUGUGUGCGCUCAUGCGCGCAUGUGUGUGUGUAUGUAUAUACAUGGGUAUGCCUGUACCCCCCAGGGGUGACUGUGGCAGAGGAGGGGCGCUUUCAUGGAAAUCCAUCCACCACACCAGCCUCUUUUUUGCUGCCACUGUCUAGACUGUUGACCUUUGACCUCUCCGCCCCUCUGAGUGUCUGAACCCAGAAGUCCCUUCCGGGAUAGUGGGACAAAGCCCCAUUCUUCUCCAUGGCCCCAACCUCGCCUCAAAGACCCGAGUCUGCAGCCAGCAUGGGGCACUGGUGGCAGCCAUACGGGCAGGGGCAGGCUGCCUUACUGCCAGGUCACCAAUCCCACAGCCUCCACAAACUUAGGGAUGCUGAAAAGGGCUUUGUUUUUAUAACCCAGAUUAAAUUUCCUUUCUCUAGAACAAGUGCCUAAGGGCCAGGCAGCCCAGCUAGGAGGGAAAACAUCUCUAUUUGUGCUUUGAGGAAACACAGAAAGGUCAUGGUCCUCCUUUAAACCCACAGCAGAACAGCUAUUUGGGGGGUGGGAGGCAUUUGCCGAGAUCCACAUUUUCAGAGAUAAUUAUUGAAUUACCUUUGGAUGCUGAACAUACCUGUUGAGAGACCUGUCCUCUGGUUCAGUUGUCACAGCUGAGUGUCAAGGGCUCCCAGACUUCUGGGAGGCAUGGCCCAACCCCAAACCUCUCCCCCAACCCAACAUAUCCAUGUGUUCUUCUCUCUCUCUGCACCCAAGCCUUGUGCAGAGACCCCCAGAAGUGCCUGCCUUUCCCACAUGCAUGGGGCACAAAAGGAGACAGGACAGAAAAGCAAAACUACUGAAGUCUUGGAGGUGGCCCUGGUUCCUGGCCCUCAGGCCAGAGUCAUCCAAGCCCUUCCCAGGGGUGGGGCCUGCAUCGACUGCACUUGUAUCUUCCAGGAAAUCCCAGACAGCUGGUUUGGAAUCCAGCUCUUGGAUACCAUGACCACUGGUGUCUGGGCCUCGGCUGGAUGCCAUGCAGAGCCCAUUUGGAUCUCUGGAAGUAAAAUUGACUUCCAGCCUGCCCGGGGGUUACCUGAUAUUUCUGGGACACCCAAAAUAUCUCAGGCUCCUGUCUUGUCCUAAAUCUCUCUCUAGGAGAAUUCCCUUCCUGCAGAAGGUGAUCAUGUUCUCUGUCCCCAAAGGGGGGGGGUCUAGCCCCUCUGGCCUAGGGGUGGCUUCCUUCCCCCACAGUUCCUUUGAGUGCCUUGUCUAAAACCCCUAUGUCUGGAACCCCAGGCCAGGGAAGGGUCUGCUGGACUUUGCUGGGGGUUGAGCUCGGGGAGACCCCAAACGUGACACCCCAGAAAGCAAAUAAAACAGUUGAAA